AUGCUUCACGGCAGAGAAGUCCUCCCCCCGCCCAAUAUCACCAGGACAGGACAGCAGAAACCUGUCCCUCCCCGGCGACCAAAACCAUCACAUCUCGCUUCGGUACCUCCCCCUUUGCCAGCAAGAACUAACUCAAGUCAACCGCCAUCUUCGCGAGCCCAGCCAUCUCCAGCGUCCUUCACUCCCCCUUUGCGCACUUCGAGCGAUUCGUCUUUCCCAACUCCUGUGUCGUCAAGCAAUGCGACGGCCAAGCAUACCGUUCGUGCUCCGGCGUGGGGCCAAACUGCACUUCCUCCAUUACCCCCCAAGAGGUCCCAGGGCAAUAAGAUAGGCGAACAAGGACUUUCCGCCAGCAGAACCGUCGUAGCGUCGAUCUCGACGCGGUUGAAUGGGGGACCCAGCGUGGAAGCACCUCCUACUGGGCCACCCCCUUCGUAUGAGCACAGUAAUGGGAUCAACGGAGCCGGUUCAGUGACGGCGCCUAAACUUCCGUUUCGCCCCAAGCCUUCGCUUGUUUCUCUCAAAUCGUCUGGCUUAGUCGCCGAAAAUGCGGUGCAACCUGAGGCUCCAAGCCCUCCCCAACGAAAACUACCACCACCUCCCCCACCCCCUGCGGCGCUUGAGAAAAUUAGGGCUGCUUCCUUUGCAACCCUCAAAGGGCAUGAUAGCCGCCCUGCGUCCAAUGACCGGCCAAUCCCUGAGCCUAGUAGCCGUCCUGCUGUCCCACCCCCUAUCCCGAUCUCCUCUCGGCCUGAUCUCUCUAAGCUGCAAGCCACAAAGCCACGAAUAACGCCUAGUGUCACUGCACCAAGCACCCAAAGUGACGUCUGCUUAAAAUGCCGUGAUUUCACUGCUCCUGAUACUCAUGCCACUCGCUUUCCCCGUCAAUCCCUUCCAACUCAAGAGUUGUCUUGGUUGGCUUUGCAGCUUACCGCUCCGUUCAACUCUGCUACGGAUAAAGCUCGGGUUCUCUUCACUUGGCUUCAUCACAAUAUUGAGUAUGAUGUUGCAUCGUUCUUCAAUAAUAACGUUAAAGCCUCAACCCCAGAAAACACCCUACGCACAGGGCUUGCUGUCUGUGAAGGCUAUGCUGGGCUUUUUCAACAGCUAGCAACACACGCUGGCUUGGAAUCCCGAUCGAUUUCAGGGCAUGGAAAGGGGUAUGGUUUCCAAAAGCUUGCUCCGGGAUCUCCUCUACCGCAAUUUUCCUGCAGCCACGCGUGGAAUGUCGUACGCAUUGAUGGCGGCCAGUGGAAACUAAUAGACUGUUGCUGGGGUGCGGGAUGUGUUGAUGGGCACAAUCGUCCGUAUAUCAAACGGUUUGACCCUGAGUUCUUUACGAUGCCAAAUGACGAAUUCGGUUUGAGACAUUAUCCAAGUGACAACACUCAAUUUUAUCGUCAUGACGGCCGACCCAGCAUCUCUUGGGAAGAAUAUAUAUUUACCAAUGAGCCGGAUGGCGUUGAUGAGCGCCUCACUAUAUUUGCGAAUGUAGCUGAGGAUCAUGGUAUAGGGAGCAGAUCCUUCAAACCAAUAUCGCAAAAUAUAUCCGUUAACAACCCUGGCCCCAUACAUUUUGAAUUCUCGCUUAUUUGCGAACACUGGACGCUGCAGAAGCACAGCGGCAAGAGUGCGCCAUAUGUGUUUAUGAUCGGUAUCCACGGGGCCGAUGGACAGAGCGAUGAUUUUGUCACCUUUGAACAUGUUCGCGGCUCGAGGGCCGGCGGCGGAGGAGACUACUGGACACUUGAUAUCCGGGAUCCAAAAGUCCUCGGUACCCCAGGUCAGAACUUGACCCUUCUUGCUCUAACUAGUUUUGGCGAUAAUCAGGAUGCAAGAGGCCUGACAGUGCGUGAAUUUCAUGAGAAGAGAGGAAGAGUAGGCAUGGGCUGGAUCGCGGUAUCUCAGUGGCAGCUCGUUGCAUGA